AUGUGGGUUGUGCGGAGAGGCCAGCUCUGCAGAGUGCUGUGGGGCUCUCAGGCUCCAGCCGCGUCUUCUCGGCACCGUAGCGCAGAGGCCGGCUCUCUCCCCGGCCCACGCUGCUGGAGUUGUGGCAUCCCUCUCUCCGAUCGUGGGGGGCUGCCUCGCUUCUGUCCGGCCUGCCAGGCCCUGCAGCCGCCGGAGUCCCAGCCUGACCUCUUCCGCCUUAUGGGCUGCGAUCACUCAUUCAACAUCAAUGUGCAGCAGCUACAGCAGCAAUUCCGGAGCUUGCAGCGCUCCCUGCACCCUGAUUACUUCAGCCAGAAACCCCAGAAAGAGCGGGAUUUUUCUGAACAGCACUCUUCCUUGGUUAACAGAGCCUACCAAACCCUUCUAAGUCCCUUGAGACGUGGAUUGUACCUACUGGAGCUGAAUGGAGUGGAACUUGCAAAAGGGACAGACAGUGACAUAGAUGUGGAGUUCCUCAAAGAAAUCAUGGAAAUCAAUGAGACACUGGCAGAACCUAAUAAUGAGGCUAAAAUAGAAGAGAUUGAGAGUUUCAUUGCAGUUAAACGAGAAGAAUUGACCAAGGAUGUGAGCAAAGCUUUUGAAAGAGAUGAUCUUCAAGAAGCCAAGAAACUUCUAGCCAAAAUGAAAUACUUUGAAAACUUGGAGGACAAGGUGAAGAGCAAGAAGAACUCUUCCUGAUAUCACAGUCUUUGCCAUUAAGAUCUGAUCUACUUUUGAUUAAAGUAGUGAUUGGUAGUUUCUGAUUCAGGAACUAAAAGGAGCACAAUCAUUGUGUGCCUCUUAAUUUUUUCGGUCCUUCCUUACCUACGGAAACAGAAGUGUGUGUAAAAGACAUCCAUGUACUACCCGUUGUCAUUAAAUGGCAUUGGAAGUGGAAUGUUGCUUGCAAUAA